AUGACAAGGCUGAUCCUUUCCACCUCCAAUAUUAUGAAUGGAGUCUCCUCCAUUAUUCGCAGAAAUGGAGGGGGAAAGUCGAACCAGGAGCUGGUAAACUCGCUGCGCACUAAUUUCGCCGCCGCCCAGCAGGAUUACUCCCCCCCACUCUCCGCCUCUCCAACCCCGCCAGUCGACGGCCUGGAGGAGACGAAAGAUCCAUCGCGACCGGCGACUUCGACCUGGACGACGAGAGACCAUAGCGGUUUAUACAUACCCACAAUCGACUGGACGCUGUCCGGGCUAGCCGAGGAGAGGAGCCAGUAUGAUAUCACGGUCAAAUUGUUCUUCCUGCCCAAGGCGUCCCUGGAGGAGCGUGAGCAGAUUACCAAGGAUGCGGUGGACUUGGUCUUGAAGGAAUUGGGAGUUGAGACCAUCGACUUAUUGAUUGUUUCGUUCUACGGAAUGUCCUUUGACGGCGAUUGCGAGUACGCUGCCGACCAGAAGAACUCGGAGCAGGGAAAUGAUGAGGAGGAGUUGGCAACCUGGCCAACAAUGGAGGCGCUUCAUGAGCGAGGGGUUGUGAAGAAGCUGGGUCUUGCGGAGUUCGGCAGCGAGAAACUGUCCAGGUUCAUGUCGAAGGUCAAGAUACGUCCUGUUGUCGACCAGAUCAACGUCCGAGACUGCUGCAACGUCCCGCCACCCCUGAUCCAAUUGGCAAAGCAGGAGAAACUCGAGCUCUUGACCCACAACGACUGCAGCGAGAUCCUACCGAGCGGAACACUGCGAGAGUUGCUAGGACAGGGUCCUAAUGGCGCAGGUGUCAUUUCGGAGGUGAAGCGUUCAGCGGACGGGAGCACGAGCGAGAUUACACCAAAGUGGGUUGCGAAGUACACCGCGGUGGUGCGCGACAGAGGCGUGGUCGAGAACAAGGGGUAUUUCGCCGCAGCGGAGCUGGCUGAAUGA